AUGUCGAGCGAACAGCAGCCAGGCCAGAAGGCUAUCGAGGCCCUCCGUAACUGGCAGCCCUCGGUUCGCGGCGGCACGCCAGCCUCUGGUAGCACGGUCACCGAGCUGGCGACCAGCGGGCACCACGUCGUGUGUGCGUUAGUCGCCUGCCUUGGGUCUUGCGCAGCCGGCACCACACUGGGCUACGCGUCGGCGGCUAUGCCUUCCAUCGAACACGAGGCCUGGUACGAUCUGCACCACAACACGGCUGAAAGCCGCUGGUUCGCUGACAUCCUGCUGCUAGUGGCGGCACCCGCAGCACUCGGAGCAGGCUUCUUGCUGGAAAUGCUAGGUAACCGGCUGAUGCUGCUGCUGUCCACUUUCGGCCUGCUGGGCAGCUGGCUGAGCCUGCUCCUCUCGACCGGCACGUCGGCGAUUCUCGUGGCGCGCCUCAUGGCCGGCGUUUUUCUUGGCGCCAUCUCCAGCUCAGCCGGCGUUCACGUUGCCGAGAUUUGCCCCAGCGAACGCCGAGCAUUCUUCCUGGGAUUUGUCGAGGUGGCCGGAUGUGCUGGGAUGCUGCUAGCCUACGUGCUGGGCCAAUUUUUUACGUGGGAGAUACAGGCAGGCUUCUGCAUGUUGCCGCCCCUGGUACUGAUGUGCAUGCAACGCUACGUCCUGGACAGCCCCCAGUGGCUAAUGCGCCACGGAAAAAAGGCUGAAGCCCGGGCCGCGUUGUUUAAAUUUUAUGGCCUCGACGUUCCCAUCGAGUUCAGGAUACGAUCAGCUGAUGAUAUUGCCAAAAAGAACUCCAAUGCCACGCCCAUCAAGUGCGCAAAGUCUAUGGCCUUGGCGUUGCUCCUGCAACUCCUUCCCGAGCUGUCCGGCGUUCGGCUUUUCCUGAUGCGCGGUGAUCAGGUGAUGCUGUCGCUGGUGGCAGAAACGGAAUCACGGGACGCAGAGGGCGUGCUGAUGGUGGCUGGCCAUGUCGCGCUGUCCGGAGUUUUCGCCUCACUCACCAGAAUCGCCGGACGGCGACACCUUCUGGUGCUGUCCGCGUUCAUCACUGCCGUCUGCAUGGUCGCACUCAGCCCACUCAAGCACGCCGUAUUCAGCCACUGGACAGUAGAGGAUCGUCCCAGGCUCACCGACUGGAAUGGCAUCUACGCCAUCAGCCUGCUGCUAGCCAGCUACUCCCUGGGACUGGGUCACGUGCCCGCGCUGCUGGCCACCGAGCUGCUUCCGGGUCACGUGCGCUGCGUAGGAGCGGGGAGCUCGUGGGCCGGCCGCUGGUUCCUCGCCUUCCUUUUGAUGCACGAAGAUGCCUGGCUUAGCGCGGUAGCGUCGAGUAGCCAAGGGCUCGCACCAGGUCUCGUCCUGGUGGCCGGAGCCAUGAUGGCUGCGCUUGUAACGCCAGAAACCGAAAGCCAGACACUUUUGGCCAUCGAGAGCAUCGUGUGCCGAUGA